UUUUUUCUUUUUCCAGUGCUACCACCACCUUCAACUGUGGAAAAUGCUGCAGUAGCAUACAUCGCUGGAUUCAUUGCGAAGGCAGUCGAAGAACGGAAGACAUGCAGCGCCUGUCCAAGUCUGCAUAAAUCAACAUCAGCGUAAACAGUAAUGGGACUCAUUAAUCACUAAUCAAGAGGUGGUCUGGUGUUCCCGAAGCCCGAGUUUGUUGCUGUCCUCGUUAAUGUAAAAAAGGCGGUUGACAUCGCAGUCCCACAUAUUGGCAAGCAUGAUGUGCGCAAAAAGUUGGCAGCUUUAAUUUGUCCUCACUUAGAGAGCUGCCCUCUUUUUGCUUGCCAGGCAAACGAAGAGCAUGCAUCAGCGAUUUCUUCAUUAAUUGCAAGCAAAUUUAUAAAGCCCCUACUCUCAAAUAUUGGCGCAGUCGUUACGGACACAGCGGCUUACCGCAAAAAACUAAUGAGUAAGCCACUGAGCCGCAAAGUUCUCCGCGUUUGAAGGAGUACUGCGAGUGCACAAGCACUGUGUGUUUGCUACUG